UUUAACCCUGAGCAGCACCAACAUGGCCGGCUCACUACCUCAUCCUGCUGAUCAACACGUUGAUGCCUCGCUCACUUCUGACACACAGCGUGAUGUCAUCCAUGUACAGGAGGAAGCAGAAGCACAUGCAGAGGACCUUCACCUCAGGAUGGUGCUUGUUGGGAGAACGGGAGUUGGGAAGAGUGCAUCAGGAAACACCAUCUUGGGAAGAAAAGCCUUUAAAUCUACAUCCUCUUUUGCUUCAGUGACGUCAGAGUGUCAGAAGGAAACAGGAGAGGUGGAAGGACAGACGCUGGCUGUCGUCGAUACUCCGGGCCUGUUUGACAUCACCGUGUCUGAGUUGGAGGUGAAGGAACAGUUUGUUAGAUGCAUCUCCUUUGUUGCGCCUGGUCCUCAUGUGUUCCUGAUCGUCAUCCAGAUUGGCAGAUUCACCAAAGAAGAACAAGAAACAGUGAAAAUCCUUCAGGAGAUAUUUGGAAAAGAAGCAGCAGAUUAUACUAUGGUGCUGUUCACACAUGGAGAUGAUGUGGACAAUGAAGCUAACAUAGACACAUUAAUAAAUGGAAAUCAGCGUCUGCACGGCUUCAUCAGUCAGUGUGGUGGAGGAUAUCAUGUUUUUAAGAACAGAAGUGAGGAUGUCUCUCAGGUCAGGGAGCUGCUGGAGAAGAUCAACACCAUGGUUCAGAGCAACGGAGGAAAAUGUUACACCAAUGAGAUGCUGCAGGAGGCUGAGAGAGCCGUCAGAGAAGAGACUGAACGUAUUCAGAGAGAAGAUACAGAGAUGGUGGAAGAAGAAGAAGCAGGAGGUGCAGGAGGACAGGAAGAGAAAAAGAAGAAGUUCCUGAAGAGUGUGGGUAUCGGAGCGGGUGCUGGAAGUGUGCUGGGUCCAGUGGGAGCAGCACUGGGAGCGGCAGUGGGAGCUGCUGUUGCAGCAGCGAAAGAGAAACAAUGUGUCAUACUGUGAUAUGAAAAGCAAUUUUAAUGUUAUCAUCAUCAUUAGUUACUGAUCAUCUGCCCUGUAAGAAGUUAUUUUCAUUCACAACCAUCAGUCGGUCAUAUUAUGGAUUAAAAUUAUUUUAUGGAUAAUUUGACAGCUGUCAAACUGCACCUGACUCCCUGAAUCAGUAUCCAACACAUUUUUGUUCCUGUGUAAUAAAAAUAAAAUGUUUCUUUGUAAAUAAAAAGC